CGCGCCAAGGCCCUGGGCACGUUGUGUACCAAGAGCCCUCACUUCCCUGCACUCAGCCCGGCCGCCCCUCUCGGAGAAAGUGGACGGGGGCGGGGGAUCCAGAGACUCCCCCCCUCCGCGCUCUGCGGCAACGUGUGACGUCACGGGGCGGAGCUUCAGAGGUGAACGAAGGGAGGGACCAAGGCCAAGAGCGAGACAGUUACGCCACUCAACACUUCGGGAAGAGCUAACGGGACAGCGGUGCAAGCCAAUCGCAAUCAGUGCUCUGGAGGCAGGGAGACUUGGGGUGGAGACUUCGGAGACUGCAGUUGCUGAUGGUUCUAAGAACCGGUGGAAUUGGCUAUGGAUAAUUCAUAUAAUUCCAAUCAACAAACUUCAUGUAAUGGAAUUUCAUCUGAGAAGAAAAACAGCUUCCUUGUGUCAGAAGAUCAUGGGCAGAAAAUCUUAAGUAUACUACAAAAUUUUAGAGAACAGAAUGUCUUUUAUGAUUUCAAAAUAAUCAUGAAAGAUGAAAUAAUCCCAUGCCAUCGUUGUGUGCUAGCAGCAUGCAGUGACUUUUUCAGGGCUAUGUUUGAAGUAAACAUGAAAGAAAGAGAUGGUGGAAGUGUUACCAUUACUAAUUUGUCCUCCAAAGCAGUAAAAGCAUUUCUCGAUUAUGCGUAUACUGGGAAAACAAAGAUAACAGAUGAUAAUGUAGAAAUGUUCUUUCAGUUAUCAUCAUUUCUUCAAGUUUCCUUCCUAUCCAAAGCUUGCAGUGACUUUUUAAUAAAGAGUAUUGAUCUUGUCAAUUGUUUACAGUUAUUAUCAAUGUCAGAUAGCUAUGGCUCUACCCGUUUGUUUGAUCAUGCAUUAUACUUUGUACAACAUCACUUUUCUUUGUUAUUUAAAUCCAGUGAUUUCUUAGAGAUGAAUUUUGGAGUAUUACAAAAAUGUCUGGAAUCGGAUGAAUUAAAUGUUCCCGAAGAAGAAACCGUAUUGAAAGUGGUCCUCAGUUGGACUAAACAUAACUUAGAAUCAAGGCAAGAGCAUCUGCCUCACUUGAUUAAAAAAGUGAGAUUACAUCAAUUAUCUGAGGAGACACUCCAAGACUGUCUGCUCAAUGAAGAGUGUUUACUCAAAAGCACAAACUGCUUUGAUAUAAUCAUGGAUGCAAUUAAGUGUGUGCAAGGUUCUGGUGGACUUUUCCCUGAUGCUCGACCAUCCACAACUGAAAAAUAUAUAUUUGUUCACAAAACUGAGGAAAAUGGAGAAAAUCAAUAUACAUUUUGCUAUAAUAUUAAAACUGACUCAUGGAAAAUCCUGCCACAGUCACACCUGAUUGAUUUGCCAGGAUCCAGUCUGUCUAGUUACGGAGAGAAAAUAUUCUUGACAGGCGGUUGCAAAGGGAAGUGCUAUAGAACAGUUCGACUUCAUAUUGCUGAGUCAUACCACGAUGCCACUGAUCAAACCUGGUGCUACUGUCCAGUCAAAAAUGAUUUCUUCUUGGCAUCAACUAUGAAAACACCAAGAACCAUGCAUACAUCAAUUAUGGCUCUCAAUAGAUUAUUUGUCAUAGGUGGAAAGACUAGAGGAUCUCGGGACAUUAGAAGCCUCUUAGAUGUUGAAUCUUACAAUCCUCUUUCCAAAGAAUGGGUGUCUGUGAGCCCACUGCCCAGAGGCAUAUACUAUCCAGAAGCAAGUGCAUGCCAAAAUGUAAUCUAUGUUCUUGGAUCAGAGGUAGAGAUUACUGAUGCCUUUAACCCAUCUCUUGAUUGCUUUUUUAAAUACAAUGCUACAACUGAUCAGUGGUCUGAACUAGUAGCAGAGUUUGGGCAAUUUUUUCAUGCAACACUAAUUAAAGCAGUCCCUGUAAAUUACACACUGUAUAUAUGUGACCUUUCCACCUAUAAGGUGUAUAGUUUUUGUCCAGAUACUUGUGUUUGGAAGGGUGAAGGAUCUUUUGAAUGUGCAGGGUUUAAUGCAGGUGCAAUUGGAAUUGAAGAUAAAAUUUAUAUAUUAGGUGGUGAUUAUGCACCAGAUGAAAUCACAGAUGAAGUACAGGUCUACCACAGCAGCAGGUCCGAGUGGGAAGAAGUUUCACCAAUGCCAAGAGCCUUAACUGAAUUUUACUGCCAGGUGGUUCAGUUUAAUAAAUACAGGGACCCUUGGUUUUCUAAUCAUUUCUAAAAGUAAUAUUUGCUUGGACGUUCUCAAACUAUUGCAGUCCUAAAAACAUACAGUAAACUUGUUAACCAUAAUGAUUGGGGGAAAAGUCUUUAUAUCUUAAUAAAAUGUCCCUGCUAUUAGAGAAUUACUAUGUAUACACACCAUAUAUGUAUUAACAGUUCCAAGAAACUUAAAAUAAGUACAUUUUACCAAAACUUUUAUUGAAUAUAAUUUAAUCCUUGAGAAUACAGGAGUCUCUUUGAUGCUUUUAGAGUAGUGAGAAUCGACUCGACGGCACCGGGUUUGGUUUUUUGGAGGAUUAUCCAUGAAAGGCUAGUAAAAACAUCAAAGUUCACAGAUUUCUACUCUCUAGAUGGGAGAAGCCUCUUUAGGUAAUAGAAAUGUGUUAUUAAACUAUCUCAUGAAGUAAAAAGUAAGUUAGAAAGAGGUGAGAAUCCUGCCCCGUUGUACAAGUAUAAGAGUUCUUGAGUUGCUACCCUUUCUGAUAAUUAGUUAACUCCUUUUAAGCACUUUUUAAAACAUUUUUUUGGUCAGAAAUUUUUCUAAAAUGUAAUAUAUUUUCUGAGCCUUCUGAGUAGUAUGCUAAACACAGUUUAUUUUUUUUCAUGAUUCAGCCCUUCAUUCAGAGCAUAAUUUACCGUGUUAUAAUACUGUAAUGUCACUUGUAGUUACUGAAGUGCUUUUAUAAUUGCUGCAUCUAUAAGUCUCAGUGUCAGUUGCUUCCAGUUUCUGGCAGUAUCAUACUUCUCUUAUUAUUUUCUGGCCCAAGCUUAGUAAACUAACAUUCUUAAUUUAAUCAGAAGUUCUAAGUUAAACCUGACCAUGUAUUCCAUUGAGUGAUGUUUUUGGAAUAUGGGAUGAUAGUCCUAAAAUACAAUUUCUUUAUCAUUGUAAGGUUCCAGUGUAAUUGAAGAUGUAGAAAAUAUGACCUCUAGAUAAAUUAUAUUUCUUAAAGUUUUAAAUGUGCAAAUUUGAGUUGUAAUAAGACAUUCAGGAUUUAAAUUAGUACCAUACCAAUUUUCUGCAUGAUAUAUACUAACUGUAAAGUACCAUGUUGGUUUAUUACUUCACUAAAUUAUUCAUAGUGACUUUCCGUAUUUAAAAAAUGACUGGGGCUUUUGGUAUUGAUAGUAAUAUUUGCAACACACAUCUGUUUAGAUGUUUAAGCACCUGUACCCAAACAAUGCAAGAGUAUCAGUCAUCCUUGUUCUCAGCUGGAUGAUUCUGCCUUGCAAGGGGAUGUCUUUCUUUAAGGCCCCUGAUUUAAGUCUCAGGAAAUGUAUUAGUUGGAUUUCUCUGUAACCAAAUGUAGUUGCCUAUAGCUGAAAAGCUAAGACCCUCUAUGAGAUGGAUUGACACAGUGGCUGCAACAGUGGGCUCAAACAUAGCGAUGUUUGUGAGGAUGGGUCAGGACUGGGCCAUCACAAUAACAACAGCAACAACACUUUGUAGAGGGAGCCCUGGUAGCACAAUGGUUAAGUGUGGCUGUUAACUGAAAAGUCGGCAGUUUGAACACACCAGCUGCUCCAUGGGAGAAGAGACCUGGUGAUCUGCUCCUGUAAAGAUUAUAGCCCAGGAAACACUAUAGGAAAGUUCUACUCUGUCACAGGAUCACUAUGAGUCAGAAUUGACUCGAGAGCCCACAACAACAGCAACGACAAUGUAUUUUGUAAUAAUGUUAAUCUCUUAAAAAAAAAUGUACGUAUUCCUUAGAAAUGUGUUCCCAAGUGGGAAUAUACUGAAAUGAAGGUCUUUAUUUUACCAUAUAAACUUUUGCAAUCAUAAGUUCCAAACGUAUUUUUCAAAAUGAAACAAAAUAUUAAACUGCAUUAUCAUGCAAUUCUAAAAUCAGGAUUGUCCCUGAUCAGAUGACAGUUGCAUAAAAAGUAUUCUGUAGAAUUGGUGGCCUUCCUCCCUCUAUCAGCACAUGGUUGGUUGGUUCUGCCCUUUUCUGUGUGCACCUUAAAAAGAAAAGAAAAUCCAGUGGAGGUGUGUGUGUGGCUUUGAAAACAAAUUGUUUGAGAAGUACCAUAAACACAAUGGGUGACCUACAUGUGUAUUCGCUGAACUGUUAAUUUAAGCAUAUAUAAAUCAUUGAGUUCAUUUAAAAUCAAUAUGAGUUGCUGACUCCAGGAAUUACUGAUCUUUUCUAGAAAAGGGAAGCUAAAGCAAAAUCUAAUCCCUUCCUCAUCUUGUUUCAUUAUUGUGUCACCUUGAUUUUCAUUAUUCUUCUCAUUGGCCAUUGACUUCUGAUAAAGUGUCUAGAAAUAUCCUUGUUAUCAAGAUCUGUUUGGCUCCCUCUGCAUUUGAUUAGGAAACCCUGGUGGCGUAGUGGUUAAGUGAUACGGCUGCUAACCAAACGGUCGGCAGUUCGAAUCCACCAGGCGCUCCUUGGAAACUCUGUGGGGCAGUUCUACCCUGUCCUAUAGGGUUGCUAUGAGUCGGAAUCGACUCGAUGGCACUGGGCUUGGCUUGGGCUGGCUUUGAUUAAAUUCAUUUUCUAAUGUACAAGAUUUUUUGCCUUAGGGUCUACAACUGCUGCAGGUUACUUAUUAAUCAUUUUAAGUUACUGUCAUCUCUUUAUAUUUGCACCUUUGUCCUCUUCAUGUUAUGACUGGGAGAAAAGUGCUCUGUCUAGUCAUAAACACCUCUAUCUCUGUUCUUUUUCCUUGGCUCUAUGGCAAUCUGUGCUGGACUUGACCCCAUUAAUAAGUGAUUUCUUUCUCUCUGAUUUUGCAUCUGUUCAUAAUGCUAGCACUUUCAUCUGAUCUAUCUGCCUUACAGAAAAUGGCUCUGUUUCUUCAUAAUCCUCAAGGUACCCAACUGUGUAAUCACAGGGUCAGUCACUAAACUGAUUAUGUCUUUCUGGUCUUGCCAGUCACUGUGGUUUCACCAUACAAGAACCAUGUAUGUCAUCUGGCCUCACCUUCGUUCUAUAUCUCUGACAUGCACAUCUGAGUGAUCCCUUCCCUUGAAUCUAUCUCAGUACCCCCAGAAGGAGCUUUUUUUCCUGUCUAUAAAGUUAAGUAAGAGGAAAUAACCUCCCUUUCUCUAUGGCCUGUUCCCUUAGUCUUAUUUAUUUCUAAUAUUGUAAUGUCUUCCAAAGCAGAAAGUAAGUAUAUGGCAUUAUUAAAUAUAAAUAUAUAAAUUUAUAUGAGGUAAAUUCUAAGUUAAUGGGUAUUCCUAGGGUGAUCUUCAAACCUGAGUUAAAACGUGAAGCAUCUUUUGUUCAUCUACAGCCUUUGACACUAAGUAGUAUGAAGAACAUUUGCACAAUAAAAAAAAAAAAACUACAUUCCCCUAAGGCUCAGCUUUGGUAUUGGGAGAGAAAGAGAAGGUCUUUAUUACAGCACUGUUCAUUACUGCUGCCUUUGAAAGCUAGAAUAUUAUUUUUUGAGAGAGACCACCUGCUAUGAUACGAUUCCAUUUUUCCCAACACCAAGAAGAGCAAUUGAAUAUGGGUUCAAUGUUCUUUGCUCAAGGUAUACCGUUUGAAAAUCAGUUAUAUAGAGAGGGAAGCAUCUGUUUACAUUUUGAGAUUUGGAAGCAAUAAAUAUAAUGAUUAAAUAUACAGUCCAAUACAUAUAGUGUUACUUGUAUAUUAUUAUUCUCAGUCUAAUUGUCUCCAGUGUUCUGGAAAGUCUUAUAUUUAGAACUGAAAGUGGAAAACCCAAAUAUCUUCCAGGGGGUAGCUCUAGAAUCAAGGGCUGAAAUUUACAAGAAAGUAGAUUUCUGUUCAAUGUAAAGAACAAUGUUACUCAAUGUAAGGAAAAAUGUUACUUCACUUUAUAAAGCUAUACUUCAAAGUGGGACUAGUUAUCAAAGACUGUGGCAGAUUAUUAGCCUAAUAAGAUCCUACAUAGGAGUUCAGGGCCAAAGAUUUCUACAUUGUAUUUAGACAUUUUGAUCUCAAUAGUUAUCUGAUGUAUGACUAAUUGUUUCCUCCUUCAAUUUAGUCAACAUUUGGGAUAUUCUGACUUCAAUGGUUCUGCAUACCCCAGACUUCAGUAGGAAUUGAAUCUCAAAACUACACCAUUUUAGGAGCAUUUUCAUUGAAGCAAAUUUUUCCCUUUUUUUUUUUUUUUUUAUUACUCAGGCCAAAGUCUAUACAUGGUGCUGAUAUUUAUAGUGAGUUGCUAAUCAGGACUUUUCCUUCUAUCGUAGGUGCACGUUGAUUUUGUAAUUAGUAGAAACUUAAAGGCUGGUACCUAAAAUUUUCUCCUGAAUGAUUGUUCUUAUUUCCUUUUAAUGUAUUUAUACAGCUAAAUGUGGUGAUUCUGGUGGAAGAUUAUAUAAUUUGAAAAAGUAUCUUUAUAUAUUAAAAAUCUAAAUGUGUUAAAAAAUUAUAUUUGAUGACACCAUGAUGCUUAAUCAAACUUAAUAUCUAAAUAAGGGAUUUAAUCACAGGAUGAUACUGUUAUAUACUUACCAGAAGAUAUCUCUUCUAAAUCGUAGAUUCAUGUUCAAACUUGAAAAGAACCUUAGAAUUUAAUAUAGCUUCCAACCUGGUAUAGAACCAAAAACCAAAACCAAACCCAUUGCCAUCAAGUUGAUUCUGACUCAUAACCCUGUAGGACAGAGUAGAACUGCCCCACAGGGCUUCCUAGACUGAAAUCUUUUCAGAAGCAGACUGCCGCAUCUUUCUCCUGCAGCACAGCUGGUGGGUUCGAGCCACUGACGUUUUGGUUAGCAGCUGAACAUUUUAACCACUGCACCACCAGGGCUCCUUCUGGUAUAGAAAGUCCCUCUAAAUUCUAAAACAUCCUUGAUUCAUGUCUUAUCAGUCUCUAAUUAAAUGUUUUCAGUGGUAAAUGGAUCACUACCUCCAUUUUUGAACAGUUCUGUUAGAAAGUUCUUCCUAACAUUGAAAACCACUUUGCCUCCCUGUAAUAAUUUCCAGCCCUUGGUCUAUGCCAUGAGUCCAGUUAGAUUUAGCAUGAUGUCUUCAUAAAACAAGGCCCUAAUUGAAUAGCUUUGUUCAUUUCAUUAACUUUGAUGACACCACCAACCAUAAGGGUCCAACUAGUUCAACAAAUUAUUCUGUUGUCCCAAGGGUAAUAAGGUUGCUGAGAUAACUCAGAGUACAGUUCUCUGCUAGUAGAGUAUCACAUUGUAGUGUAAGUUUUUCUUUACAUGUCUGUCUUCCUCAUUUAACUGGAAGUUCUUAGAGAUAGGAACAUAACUUUAUGAUUUCUAGACCCAGCAACUAGCACAGUGCCUGUCAUAUAAUAAUACAACCAAUAAAUAAAUACUAUUGAGAUAACUAUGUGAAACAAAAUAUAUUUAUUAUAGUUGUUACUGAAUGAGUUUAAUAUAUCUGUACAUUUUCUAACUUAUUUUCAUGUGCAAAGGAACUUAUUUUGAUUUAUGUUAGAAUUUUACGUUUUAGAAUGCUACCACAUUGUAAUUUAGCUGUUAAUUUAUGUGGUAAUUAUUUUUGUCAUACUUGAUAUCUUGCUCAUGUUCAAAGUCUCUGAAGAAAAUUGGUUUAGGUAGUUUAUACAACCUCAGUUAUGUUUAUGUUUUAGUAUAUGGAAAAGUUAAUCAUGAAGCACUUUUCUAUUUAAGAGAGUGAAAUUGAAUUAUACAGUGUACUGCCUGCCUUUGGAGAUCAUAUAUAGCUGAUUGUACGGUUGUAUAGUGUAUGUAUAGUUGGUUCCUGAAAGUGAAAUUACAAUAUAAAUCCAAAGUGUUUUAUCCUUCUAAUGGUUUAGUGCUUGGGGAUUAUUUGUUCUUAGUGAGUUUUAAUUAUACUAUCUAAUUCUGUGUUUCCUUUCAAAGGCAAUAAUGGAUAAGACAAUGACUGCAAGUUUCAUUAGUAAACACCCAACACUAUUUCUCCUACAGGAUCAUAAUAGCUUCAGUGAUCUUUUUCCCCACUUAGGGGCAUAGUGCCCAAAGCUACUUUCAUUGUAUACACAGGUAAUUUACUUCAUCUCUCUAUUUAUGGAAUGCGGGUUUGGCCAUAUGCUAUGAGAAAUAAAAUUAGCACUUUUGCCUGUCCAUAUUAAUCACAUUAAUGUGUAGUAAACAUUUUAAUCUUAUAAAAUAGCUAUUUAUUAAAAUAUAUUUCAGAAAAAAUGACAUAUUCCAUCUGUAUUGUUGUUAGAAAUAAAUGAGGUAAAUGUGAGAAUGCUGCUGACACACUGUGAGGGCUGUAACCAAUGUUACGGAACAAUCUGUGUAUGAAUUUUUGAAUGGAAAUCUAAUUUGCUGUGUAAACUUUAACCUAAGACACAAUAAAAUAUUAAAAAAAAUAAAAGAGGUAGAUGAAGGUGGAUGCCAGAACUCUCAUUUUUUGUCACCCCCUCCCUUUCCCUAAUUUCCUGGGUUCCUAAGUGGUUCUGAUGGGACACAGAACUAUCGACAGUGUGGUAAUGGAGGUGGGGAGAGCAUCAGAAGGGGCUCCAGUAGCUGGGAUGACAUGUCCUGCAGUAUAGACUUAGAGGAGGAAAUCCUGGUCUGAAAUGAUGGGGUAACAGCCAGGCUGCAGGUGAAUUUCAGGAGGGGAGCGACCUCUAGGCUCUGACUGAGCUAAGAAAGAACAGACCAAAUGUUCAUGAUCAUGAGCGACAGACAACAGCAGCAGAAGCUAGCUUCAUGCACAAGGCUAGGAACUGACCAACUGUACCUCAGUGGACACCAGGUAUACAAGCACCAUCCUGUUACCAGGGUCUAAGCCUUCCCUACCUGAUACAUCCAGAUGCUUAUGGGGUAGAGCAGGUGAAGGGGUCCAAAAUCAUAGAGACUAAGUGGUAACCUGAAAAGACUGUUUAAAUGUUUGCAUUGGACCCAAAACCAAACCCACUGCCGUCGAGUCGAUUCCGACUCAUAGCGACACUAUAAGACAGAAUAGAACUUCCCUGUAGAGUUUCCAAGGAGCGCCUGGUGGAUUUGAACUGCCAGCCUUUUGUUUAGCAGCUGUAGCACUUAACCACUAUGCCACCAGGGGUUUACAUUGGACAGAUGCUCUCUUAAUUCCAGUUCCUAUAAUUUUCCUCCUUUUUUGGAAAGGUUCACUGUCUAUAAUAUUUUUGGUUUUCCUAUAUGAUGAGCUGGGAUUUACUAAGUGACUAAUUUACUCCCAAGUCCCUCUUCCAGACUACUGCCUAGGUUGAAACAGAGUUCCUCCCUGGAGACCCAGCCGUUGAAAAAUAAAUUCUGUCCCCCUCUCACAUGAUUUCAGAGGCCCGUGCUCUUCUCCAAAUCUGUAAGGAUCUCUGGUUCUCACUCGUCAGUCCUUGCUCCUAACUUAGGGCUCCAGAUUUCUUGCCUUAUUACCUCCAAUUCUCCACUUUGCCGCCAUCUGUCUACAGUUUAAUUCUCCUUAAUCUCCCUAGGCAGAAGCCUUUAACAAAGUUUAUUAAAACUUAAGGAUAUCAUACUGUCUUAGUUAUCUAGUGCUGCUAUAACAGAAAUACCACAAGUGGAUGGCUUUAACAAACAGAAGUUUAUUCUCUCACAGUUUAGAAGGCUAGAAAUCCAAAUUCAGGGCACCAGCACCAGCAAAAGCCUUUCUCUCUCUG